GAACCUCAAAUCUUCAGUCUCUUAGAGACCACAGCUGGAGUUGUAAGUUUAUAGUUGGGAACUUAUUUACAGAGUUUGUCAUAGGUAGCUUCGUCAAACAAGACAAGGUAUUGAGCUUGUCCCUAACUUUGCCUUUGGACCAUUUCUUCUUUUUGGCCUUGCCCCCGGGUUUGUUCAGUGAGUCUUUGUCUUUCUUGGCUGACUUUCCAGUGUCUUUCUUCUUCUUGUAGUCCUUGGGUGGCAUUGUGAAGCUUGGAGAGCAGUGGCGAACACUGCAGCCUUGUUAAGAUGUCAGACAAAAAGUGAAGCUCAUUUUUACCAAAUAAUAAGUGGUAGUUGACACUAAUGCCCAGAGGUGAAACUUAGGAAUUUAAAGAACUGAGAUAAUUUCUCAUCUACAAGUAGUUAAGUCUCUGAAUAGGUUGGGAGAAAAAGAAAUAUAAUUUGAACAGGACUUUUCCUUUUUUUGUUACAUUUCAUUUUUCGUUCUGCUUUUCUUUUUAAGCCUGCCAUUUUGUUAUUUUAAUUAUUUUGGCUUUUAAAGUUGUUUUAAUUUCAUUAGGUUGAACCAUAUAGAAGCUGGCGUGUUUGCAGGUCAGAAAGUAUUUAGCUAGCAAUGCAAUGGUUAAGUAUCGGUAAGUUCGUAAUUAUAUUCUUGUUCUGUAAGAGGUUUUAACUGACGUUUUGGGAGUCCAUUUUGAGUUAGAUUGAGUACCAAAGACUGUCUGAAGGAAUGUUGCUCUGAUGGCAUAGGAACAAGUGGAACAGAGCCCCAUGAAGUAGACAACUUCAACCCAGCGUCAUUCUAUCUUGCUAAAUCAAUAUGGUUCUGAGAGUAUAUAGAAAUUGGAAAAUUCAGAAAAUAUAGAAAGCUAUAAAGAAGAAAGAUUUUUUAAUGACUGUUAUCCCACCAUCCAAUAAUAGUGUUGAUUUUUAAUGUAUUUCCUUUUAGUCAUAUAUAUAUAUAGAAAGUUACUCAGCCUUCAAAGUAAAUAUAGAGUGAAUAUAUCAUGGGACUGCAUUAUUUUAUUUUUUAUUGUAUUUUUUAAUCAGCAUAUAACAUACAUACUUAUGAGGUAUAUAAUGAUAUUUUGAUACAUAUAGUAUAUACUGAUCAGAUCUUGGUAAUUGCGCACAUGCCCAUCAUCUCUAACAUUUAUCAUUUCUCUGUGUUGGGAACAUUCAAUAACCUCCUUCUAGCUAUUUGAAACUACAUAAUAUUAACUGUAGUCUUUCUAGAGUGGUACGGAACACUAGAGUGAGUCUAUGUUAUGGUUAAAGACCAAAUGUACAUAUGGAUUUUUGUAAGGAUACAAAUUUAUAGAGCCUCCCUAAGUUGUUAAUAAAUUGUCUCUUUUGAAGAAAAUGUUUUUCUUUAAUCCAAAGCAAAACAUUUAAUUCCUGAUUGAUUCAGUUAAAUGUGGCUAUUAGGCUUUUUUUUUUUAAGUUUCUUAAAUGAAUGUUUUGAUUUUAGCUCCUAGAGUGGUUUCACUAAAAUAGAAACAAAGUUGAAAGAACUGUUACUGUACUAAUGGCAGUAAUGUAACAGCGUGUAGUUUUAUUGCAAUUUUAUAAAUUUUUAAUUCUUUCAAAUUUUCAGCCAUUGUAUUGUCUGUUUUUAUCAGCGUAACUGUCUUGUUUUAUACAUGGGAAACCACAGAGAGAAUAAGUUACAUGCCCAAAUUCACAAGUAAUAGUAGAAAAGCCUAGACUUUUGACUUUGGUGAACACUUUUUCUGUUUAUUGAAAUACAGCAGUAACUCUCAAAAAUCACUCCUUUAUUCUGUAUUUAUUAAGGUGCUCAGUAAAUAUGGUUUAAAAAUAAAGUCUAUGGCAAGUGUAUAGAAUAAGAAGUAAUCUGAUUUGGCUGGAGGGCAUGUUAUUUGGGGGAAGUAAAACAAUUGAGAACAGACUAGAAAGGCAAUAAGGGAGCCAUUGACUCUUCUUGAACAAUGGGGUACAAUAAAAAAAUAUACAUUUUGGAUAUUUAACCAGGCAGAAAAGAAAAAAUUAGAAAAAUGAACAAAACUCUAAGUUUAGGUGAUAAUCAUCUUCUAUGGUAAGUGUAUUAAAAAUUGAAAGGAGGAAAUGCAUUUGAGAACUAUUGUGGGAAUACAUUUUCAGGACUUGGUGACUAAGAACUAAGUGCUUUGAGGGAGAGAGUGGUCAAGAUGAUUGAGUCCUAAGUUUCAUACCGGAGUGCCUAGGAAAAUGUUGGAAAAAUACAGAGGCUUAUUUGGUAGGAAAAAGGUUUUUGAUUUUAGACAUGCUGUGGUUGAAAUCUCUACAGUACAUCUUCCAUCUACAGGUGGAAAAUGUGUGACUAGCAGACAAAUUGUAGAUGGAAAAGGGAGCUUAGGAGUGAAAUCAGGGCUGGAGACCUAGGCAGAGAAAUUAUUUAUGUUGAGGGAAUAAUUGACGCCGUGUCAUCAUUCCUUCUUUUCAGCUACCUUCAGUGCUUUGCAUAUGCAUAGCCUCAAUGUAUUUGAGUAAUGUGUGACAGCACUGUAUUCAGAUAGCUGUUGUAUGACCUAGAACUGUAUAGCCUCAGUAAGAGCAGGCCCUUCAGGAUUCAGAGGAGCCCAGCCUUAAGCAUUUCAACAUGAUGGGCAGGAAAACACUGGCUCUUUAGGAAGGCUAUUUUAGUUGUAGGAGCAGAAAGUGAGUAAAGUUAUAUACCCCCUCUGUGCUAGGUGUUGGUAAGCCUUUUUUAUAUACUUUAUUUCUCAACAACCCUGUGAAGUAAGGAGUGUUGUUCUCAUUUUACAGAUGAUGAAACAGAGGCUUAAGAGAGGAUAAGUAAUAUUAGAGCAAGAAUUUGAACCUGAUUAUUGUUCCUUUGAUGCUAUUGGUCUUUUUACUGUGCCACACACUUCACUCUGUUUCCCAAUAAGACCUGUCAAAUAUUACUAUCAGGAUUGUGGUUAAAUAGGUUUUUUAUUUUGGGGCUAUGGCCGCGUCUGGGACUGGCCAGACAACUGCUGCUGCUUUAGAUUUAAAAUGUAAUUCAUUGCAUUCUGAUUAUGGGUGGCCAUUUGUCUGUAAUAAGAAAGCAUGUGUAUAAAAUGAAUAAAAAUGAAAGUUGGAUCACAUGUUUUUACUCAGUUGCCUACCUCUUGGAAUGCUUUCAAAUGCCGGCAUUUGUUUAUUGUCUUUUACUCUGCUGGAUACUUUCAAUUAAUCCUUCUAAAUAAAGAUACUAAAAUUACACAUUUUUAUGGCACCCAACUCUGUUAGCUGAAAAUUGUCAUCAUUUAUGACAUUACCAGGAAAACCACAAUAUAAUAUAAUACAGUUUGCAUUGUUUUAAAUAGGCAGAAGCAAGAUUGUAUAUUCUAAGAUACAAAGGCUUAUUUGUACCGUGAAACUUCCUGUAAUAUCCAUGCCUGAGUAGAAGAAGGUACAUUUACUUUUCUAUUUUUUGUUUGUAUUCUUGUAUACUGCUCAGCAAAUUAGAAGCAAGAAAUGUAUCUCAAAACUAUAGGGUAGUGUCAAAUAUGGGAACAAUGUAAUUUAUCUGUGCUAUUUGUGUAGUAUUCAGAAUGGGAGAUACUUUAUUUUUCUCUUGAAAAAGUGAUCUUAAAGUUUCUUGGCCAAUAUUCAGUGAAUCAUGAGAGAGAAAAUUAAUGGUGAAUAGCCUUCUAGCUAGAACUUCUUGUGCAGCUGAAUUAUGAUUCUCAGUUGCAAUAUGCCGUACACUUAAAGGAAGUUAACAUACUUCCUUUCUUUAAUAUUGCUCUUUGUUCUUUGGGAAAAUGCCGUGAGAAAAUAGAAAUUACCCCUCUGGCAGUGUGUUUCAGUCUAAUUCCUGACACCCUGUUCUGUUACUACCCCUUCUCCUUGCUAGCAGCCUGAAUUCUGCUUAUCUACUAAAAGGGGGAUUCCAGACAGACGAGGAAACAGCCUUCAAAUGAUGCACUGCAGGCAUAGCAAGCCAUUCCCACACUGUGCAGUCUGGAAAUCAGGGGGCACCUCUCUGACGAUGAAUUCCAAUUAGUGGCUAAAGAUGCCAGAGUGUGUGCACGUACAGGCGUUUUCUUUCCCCUCCCCCUUUCUUCCUUUUCCCAAGCCCCCUCUUCUCCCUGUUUCCCCUCCUACUCCUUUAUCCCCUCCCUCCGUGUCUCAGUUCUGCAGUACGCGGGUUGAAGCACAUUCCUGCUUUGCAAGGCUUUCUGCUAAGGAUGUAUUGUGGCUUUUGUUUGGAUUGCAGCAUGCAGAAUUACAGCUGUUCAGAGGAGACUCAUUACAACUCCUGCUGAAGCUCCUAAUCUUCUUCCCUUCUCUUCUACCCUUUCCCCCUACCCUCACUUGGCCUGAAGACGUUCUCCCCAGAGUUUACCUUGCUCCCCUGGUGCUAUGUGUAUGGUGAACCUGGCACUAUGGCCGCGUCUGGGACUGGCCAGACAACUGCUGCUGGCUCUUCUUAUUCCAGGAAGGAUUUAAAGGGGAAUUGCACUGCAGGCAAUGCACCAGAGCAGCAGCAUCAGGAGCUUGGGGAGUAAGGCUCCUCUGGCAUUAUUACACACAUGCAAAGCUGACCGCAAUGACAGCAGCUGCUUCUUUGAACUGUUGGCAGCAGCCAAGCGGCAGCAUGAAGUGACAGAUCACUCCUGAGCUCAAGAUGAACUCCACCUUGGAUGGUAAUCAGAGCAGCCACCCUUUUUGCCUCUUGGCAUUUGGCUAUUUGGAAACUGUCAAUUUUUGCCUUUUGGAAGUGUUGAUUAUUGUCUUUCUAACUGUAUUGAUUAUUUCUGGCAACAUCAUUGUGAUUUUUGUAUUUCACUGUGCACCUUUGUUGAACCAUCAUACUACAAGUUAUUUUAUCCAGACUAUGGCAUAUGCUGACCUUUUUGUUGGGGUGAGCUGCGUGGUCCCUUCUUUAUCACUCCUCCAUCACCCCCUUCCAGUAGAGGAGUCCUUGACCUGCCAGAUAUUUGGUUUUGUAGUAUCAGUUCUGAAGAGUGUCUCCAUGGCUUCUCUGGCUUGUAUCAGCAUUGAUAGAUACAUUGCCAUUACUAAACCUUUAACCUAUAAUACUCUGGUUACACCCUGGAGACUACGCCUGUGUAUUUUCCUGAUUUGGCUAUACUCGACCCUGGUCUUCCUGCCUUCCUUUUUCCACUGGGGCAAACCUGGAUAUCAUGGAGAUGUGUUUCAGUGGUGUGCGGAGUCCUGGCACACCGACUCCUACUUCACCCUGUUCAUCGUGAUGAUGUUAUAUGCCCCAGCAGCCCUUAUUGUCUGCUUCACCUAUUUCAACAUCUUCCGCAUCUGCCAACAGCACACAAAGGAAAUCAGCGAAAGGCAAGCCCGCUUCAGCAGCCAGAGUGGGGAGACUGGGGAAGUGCAGGCCUGUCCUGAUAAGCGCUAUGCCAUGGUCCUGUUUCGAAUCACUAGUGUAUUUUACAUCCUCUGGUUGCCAUAUAUCAUCUACUUCUUGUUGGAAAGCUCCACUGGCCACAGCAACCGCUUCGCAUCCUUCUUGACCACCUGGCUUGCUAUUAGUAACAGUUUCUGCAACUGUGUCAUUUAUAGUCUCUCCAACAGUGUAUUCCAAAGAGGACUAAAGCGCCUCUCGGGGGCUAUGUGUACUUCUUGUGCAAGUCAGACUACAGCCAACGACCCUUACACAGUUAGAAGCAAAGGCCCUCUUAAUGGAUGUCAUAUCUGAAGUGGCUCAGUUACGGGGUUCCCGUGUGUGUGUGUGUGUGUGUGUGUGUGUGUGUGUGUGUUUUAUCUCUAAGUAUUCCUAAUUCACUAGGAGAUCUGGGACAGAAUACUUUGACUCUAAGCAAUAGCAUACAAAUUAUUUGUACAGAUACCUUCUAAGUUUGUAGAAAUGGUUUUCAAAAGUGCUUGUGAAUUAGAAGAUUCAAGACCAUGAAGACAAACUGCUCUUGCUCUCAAUUUUUGAAAUGUCUUGGAAAUGACUACAGUUCUCAGAUUUAAAAUGAAUAAAGCCAUAUCUAACACCUCUUUCCAGCUGGCAUGACUGAACCUGAGUGUGAAAAGCGUCAGCAUUUUAAAAAGUCAUCAUUUUCUUGUCACUUUCUGGGUUCUUUCCAGCUAUUUGGGCUUCAUGUGCAAUUGAUUUCUUCUAACAGGGAAUAGUAAAAUAUAAAUAAGGUUUUAGAAAUUACUUUUUAUGUAUGCCAAAUAUAACUACACUGCAAGUUUCAACACUGUCAUUUAGAAAGCCAAAUGUUCUCUGUUUUAUUCUCUUGAGAGAAUUCUCAGUAGGGUGAAUAAUGUGAACACAUAAACAUUAAUUUUAGAAUUUUACAGUGAACCAUGAAGCAAAAGUGCAAUCAAAUUAUACAAUUUAUGAAAAACUGAGCUACUUUUUGUGCCAUGCUUCACAGAGAUCUAAAGAUAUGUGUGCAUAGAAGUGAUCGUGUAGUAUUUUUGCCCAUGCCUUUGUGUUAUGUCUAUAUUUAGAAUAUCUGAAUUGUUAGAUUUCUCUUUUACAGCAAAAUGUGCUUAAGCUAAAAAGUAAUUCAGUGAUAGGCUGUUGGCUGUCCAUUUUAUAAUGGUGACUAUAUACAAAAAUGUGUCUUUAAUAUUGUCUGUUCUUUCUAUUCAAAGACUUCCAAAAUAUUAGAACAUCAGGGAGAAGGGUGUCGGUCAUAAGCAACUGAGCCAGAAAGUAUACCGUAGUAUACAGAUUGUUUUUUUAAAAUAGAAGGGAGUUGAGACAUUUUCUUUGUGGUUAAAUGGAAUCAACUUAGUUAUUUUUGAAAAGUAUUCUUUCAGUUAGUGCUAAGGAAUCCACAUUUGAAGAGGAGAAGGGGAAACACUAAGUCUCUUAUUGCUAUUUUCUUUCUGGAAAAAAAUCCUUUGGCAUACAGUUCUUAAUGGUCUUUUUUUUUUUUUUUUUCCUGCCAAAGUACUAGCAAAACCGAUAGGAUUUUAUAAUUCUUCUAUAGAAUUAUUAUUGAGAGUUAUGUGUGUUUGUAUUGAGAGUUGUAGUGAUGUUUGUUCUUAAAAGUGAUUAUCUUUAGAGCAAGAGGUUUAUUUUUCUAAAAGAAGAGAAGGUAUUCCAGCAGCUCCAGGCACGAGAGUAUUUCCUCUACUUUUCUGCUGUUCUAGAAAUGUUCUGGAAAUCUUCAAGGGGCUUAUUUGAUCUCUGCCUUUGGCUAGAGGUUGUAAUCUGAAUGCGACAGUGGUGUUCAGUGAGAUAGAAGAUGGAAGAAACCCAGGGGACAUGGGUUAAAGUGGAUUUCUGAAUGCAAGAAAGGACAUGGAUAUUUAUAAAGCAGGCAGAUAAGCUUUGGUUUUCCAUCAUGAUGCCAGUGUUCUUAUGAUUUUAGGCUUUAGACAUCAACUUGAUUUUAACCUCAGUUGUGUUCUAUUUAAACUUUUUUAUUUUAAGUGACUAAGCAUUAUAUAAACAUUCAAACUUCAGAUUCUGGGUUUUUCCCAAAGCCUUGCUUGCUCUUUAUGUUUGGUGUUAGCAAAUUUUAUUCUAAGCUGCUUCAAAAUUUAGAACUCAUACUGAAAUUGUAAGUUAUGUUAGAAAUGGCUUAGUUAAAUUGCCAUUUCAAAUGAGAAACCUUUUCUGUUAGAUUCUGAAAAAUGGUUGUAUUGUAUACAUUUCCCCUUUAAGUGGUACAGAUCUAAAAAACCAAAAUUUACCUUUUUUCAUAUAUGUUAGAGAAUGUAACGUGUUCACAUUUGCAGUUUGCUUAUGAAUUCUUAGUUUAGAAAAUAUGGCAUUUAAACACUUAAUUUUUGUUGAAAAUUUGAUAUUAAAUCAGUAGGUUUGAUCUUAUUUUGUUGUGUGUAUAUGUGUUGGGAGAGAGGAGAUGCUCCUGGACACAGUAGUGUCAUCCUCUUUAGUGGCUGGGGGUGUUUUCUAUGUGAUAUGUUUGGAAAGUUCAUGUUUAACUGAACUUUUCAUCCUGGCAUAUUUAAUGCAACAUUUGAUGACAUUUAGUUUAAAUACCAGUCUGACUUCAAAAAAAAGUGUAUUUUUAGAUUCAGUUACCAUGGCGUUGGCAGGAUAGCUCAUUUAACUUUAUAUGGCAUGUGACUGGUAUCAGAGGAAACAUAUACUUUUGGUGAUUAUGUUGAAAUUAUUUCAUAGUAAAUUUUAAAGUAGGAUUAUACUAAUGUUAUAUUUGUAAACUAGUUGUAUUUUUUAAUGCAGUGAUUUCAGUGAAAGUGGUUUUUCCCCCUUCUUAGAGUAGAAAAGCAAUUACAAAUGGACUAGUGUGCCCAACUUUAGUGAGAGCAUUAUCCUGACACUAGAUUGGAUGUUUGCGUUUUUUCAUGGGCCUACUGACUCUUACUCAAAAUUCCAUUUUGGAAAAGGUUUUCUUUAAGCUUUAUUGCUGGAUAAAUUCUUUUCAAGCCUUUUAUAAUGGCUUUUACUUUUUACUUGAAUAAUGGUCUCAGUAUUUUAAGGAUUGGGAAAACUUGAAUUUUUUUUACCAUAAAUGCAUUGCCCACCUCCUUGAACUUGAAAAUGAAGCAACAGGGUUAGACUCCCAAAUGGCCCAGAUGGUGGAGUGGUUUCUAGGAGGGUUUCCUCAGCUUUUCAGGUUUGUUUGAAAAAUCUGCACGUUGACUUGGUAUAGGAAUUGUCUUAAUUUCACUGACUAUGUUUUUGUUUCAUAGUGGUUGGUGAAAUGAUCAGCAAGCCAAGAUUUAUUGUUAUAUGAGGAAAUUUUAAGAAUGGGAAAACUGUGGCAUUGAGAUUUUUUGAAGUCCUCAUAAAUCAUUUUGUGUGUUGAUUUUUGUGUAAUUUUUUUCAUUUCAGGUUGAAGAAAAACUAAAUAUUAAGUAUUUAUAUUAAAUUUAUAUAUUAUUAAUAUUAUGUUACAGACCUUGGAAAUAUUGUAGACAUUUCUUAAUGGCUGUAAAUGAGUCAUUUGGCCUUUCUUCAAAAUUUGCGUGACAGAAGGGCAUCAUAUAGUAAAAAUGAAGUUGGAACUGAGAAUAAAAAAUGUAGGCUUCUGUUUCUAAUUAAGUAGUUUUGUAAAUGAGGGUAAGUCACUUCUCUAAAUGCUUAAUUUCUCCUAAAAGGAAAUAUUGAUCCCUUCAUACCUCAUAGGGUUGAGGCUUGCAUUAGAUAAUAGAUGUGAAAGUACUUUGUAAAUUGUAAAGUGCUUUGCAAAUAAAAAUGAUUACUGUUAUUUGUAUCUGCCAUUCUUCUACAUGUAAGGAAGCCAUACAUCAUGAUGUGUUCCCCCACACUUUGAUCUUUGAAGCUCAAUGCCACGCCACUACUCUGUGCUACUUAGCAAUCCCAGACUUGAGAAGCAAAAUAAAUGCUCAUCCUCCUAAAAUGACAGUAGCCUUAAAUUCAACAUAAAAUUGUUUUGAUUUACUUCCUUUACUUGUCAUCAAACUCUCUGAAGGCAAGGGACAGUGUCUCUUAUCUGUCUGGUUAAUAUCUUUAUCCCCACAAUCUGACAUAGGACCUGGCUCAGAGCAGAAGUUUUAUAGAAUGAAUAAAUGACUCUGUAAUUAUUGCAUGUAGUCACACCAGCCUUCUCCCUUCUGUGAGGGAUUAUAGGGCAGUGAUGUUUGAAAGGUAGUCCAGAGCCUCAUAAGCAACCUUCCAUUUGGUCUAGGUUAUUCUAGAUUUUAAAUAAUGAAUAAUAUCUCUUUUUGGUAUCAAGAGAUUAAUUUGGUAAUGUGAGUCCUCUAUAUACUUAGAUAACUUUACUUCUGGAAACUCUGUAGCUUUGGCCCAGAGAACUUCAGGCAGUGCUUUCAAAUUGCCAGUUUUUCACAGAAUGGAUUAGGAAAUAUGUAGUUGGAUCACACCUUCUUGGCUCUGGAUCCAGAUAAAGCUCUCUAAAACUGGUCACAAGGCCAAAGGAACUAUAGAAAGCCUUGAUGAAAGAAACUUUCUGUGUGGUUUUGCUUUGUCUCCCUUUCAGCCUUUCCCAGUUUUCUAGCUCUGUCUUUCCUUCUUCCUUCUUUUUCUUACCACACUAUUGGUCAUGUAUCCAGAAAGAAGUAUCUCCUUGAUACUGCCAUAGGGUAUGGAAAAUUGUAUUAUGUAAGAGCAGUGGCUUUUAGGGAAAGUUUAAGCAAUCAAGAAGCACUUAUCUAGCAAGUUCUGCUGUGUGCCAGGUAGUAUAACUAGCCUCAGAGAGGGAUCAAAGAAGGAUCAUUCCUUUCUUGUAGAACUAUGUAGUCUUUAGGUGUUUCUUGUGGAAAAAUUCUGUGAUUAUCUGUCUUCCAGGAAGCCUCACUGUUCUCUACUUUAUCUGGAAGAAUGUACCAAGGCUUCCUGGUGGGCCACCCCCACAGCACUGUUUUUUGUGCGGUACAAUCAGAUGAUGCUGGUGUAUAAAAUCAUGUCACUUUAUUAGUUUAAGAAGUAGAUGCUGGUAAUUGAGAGCAGUCUUCUCUAUUAGUAGAUAUUUAUGGGAAGCCAAACUGUAUUCAGAAGCUUGCUUGGUGGGAAUGGAAUCUCAGAACAUGGUUCUGUAAUGUGAACAUUAUUGGGAUCAUAGUAAAAGAUGAAAUCAUCCCUGCUUCCAUUAUUGACUAACCUCCCUUCUCAUUGACAUAUUACGGUAUUUCCUUAGUUCAAUUAACUUCUUCUGUUACUUGUCUUUUAGUCAGAUUCCUUGCAAGUCUUAGUAGUCUGCAAGCCUGCAACUUAUUCUUUCUCUUUAAGGUGGUUUUUAUAUCCCCAGACUUAUCUUUUAUCAUAAAACAUACUAGUUUUAUGAUUUAUUAUUAUUCAAAACACAUCUUUAUUUUUUACAUUAGUUUGAGGGAGCCGCUCAUCUUAGUUUUCAUGUAGUUCCUAGUUAGAAAAGCAAAAUACAUGAAACUACCUAUAAAAAUUAAUAGUAUCAGAUAAUUAGGGAUGUGAUAUUCAUGUCAGAUCAUGUCUAGCAAAGGAGGCAGGGAGAGGCAGAUGAGUUGGAAAGGACCUUAGAAAUCAUUUGGUCUGAUUCUGUUAUUUUGCAGACGAGAAACCAGCCCAGUGGCCACUGGGUUAUCUAUUUAUGGUAAUACCCAGACUUCAUGCUUCCUAAUCUGUUGCCCUUUUCUAGUAUAUCACAUUGCUUUUGCAGAGGAGUUGGAAUUUGACUUGACUCAGCCAUGCCAUGGGGUGGGCACAUGUGUAUGUGUGUAAUUCUAAGGGUAAGAAGUAUGAGCAAUAAUAUAAAUGUUAAUUGAGACUCGUUAUGUUUCAGGAGAAUUUUAUAAACUUUAUGUUAAUACUUCCAACACUGUAAGAGCUAGUGACUAUUAUUAACCCCAUUAUACAGAAGAAACAGAUUUUGAGGUGCCAGAGUCAGACAGCUUGUAAGUAGAAGAUCUGGGAUUCAAACCUAGGACUUGCUGACUCCAAAGCCUAUAUUCUUACCUUAAUUUUUUCUUACAUUCUACAUUUAAUUUUCACAGCAACCUAUCAGGUAGUUAUUUUGAAUUUUCCUAUUUUAUAGGUGAGGAAACAUAGGCUUAGAGAGGUUAAGAAGCUUCUAAGGUUACAUAUAUAGUAAGUGUUAUGAUUCAAAUCCAAUUCUUUGACUCUAAAGCUUGUGUUCUGUACCAUUAUGUAAGCCUAGGCUUUAGAAACAUAUGACAGACCUCCUGCUAAAUAUAGCAGAUUGACUAUGCAUAUUUCUGUUAACUCCACUAUAAAGAAUAGCAAAAGUAUAAUAUGGAUAAAAAGAAGGAGAACAGAGAUAAUGACAGACAGUGAUGCCAGCAGAAUUUUGGAAUAUAGAAAUUCAGUGGACGAGUAGUAACUGACUCAGCGGAAUCAACAGAGCUGCUUUCUAAAGUCAAAUGAGGAAGAGGAGCAAAAAGAAACAGGCUGAUUUGUCUAUUGACCACAGUAACUACUUGAGAAUUGGAUUCCUAAGAUGUCCCUAUAAGCAUAGAGACUGAAAAACAAGAAUUGAUAGAGACUGAAAAACAAGAAUUGAUAGAAGCUGAAAAACAAAGUAAUUGAUAGAAAGUUUAUAUAAGGAAUGUUUAGACAUUAUCACCCCUUACUCCUCUUCCCCAUCCCACCUGAAUCCCCAUCCCAAGCAGGCAACUGGUUUUCACCAUUGCAGCAGAAGGUGGGAGAUUUACUCUUUGGAAAAGCUGAACCACUCUAGAUGCCAGGCAUAGCUGAGAAUGGGACUAAAGGUGUGCUUUGUUACAAACAUGACUGCUAUAAGAAAGUCUGUAUGUUAAAUAAUCAGCCCUCUUACCACACUACACUUUCAGAAUGUUCUAAGCAGGAUAUGAGAGGAGUGUAUUCUGGGGACUGACAUUUGAGGGCUCAGAAACAAAAUAGCCACAUUCCCUGCCUAGUCACUUUAAGGUGAUGCCCAUCAAUCAACACAUCCAACCCAUGCACACAGAGCUCACAGUUUUUUAUUGCUUCACUUUUAAUAUUAACAGACAGCCAGAGAUAAUCGCACUUUUGAGAAAAAGUUCUCACAUAAAGUACAGAGCCCAAAACAAGCAAAUGACAGAAAUCAGAAGAAACAGAAAGAAUGUAGGUUGCUGAAGAAAACAACCAAAAAACCCAACUGUAACUAACAUUCUCGGAGAAGAUUUUGUAUCCAUUAAAGCAGGGGAGAGGAGAGUGCAGUAAAAA